AUGGUCGCAGCUAUGGAAGCAAAUAGGAGUACCUCUACUCCGCAAGUCAGUUCUAAGUCGCCGACGAUUCGGAGAAUCCUGCGCGAAGCCGCUGAAAUCACGAACUCUCCUUCUCCUGAUUAUACCGCUGAGCCUCUCGAGACUGAUCUGUUCGAGUGGCACUUUACUCUGCGCGGCCCUCCAAAUUCUGUUUACGGCGAGGGUAUAUAUCAUGGCCGAAUAGUCCUCCCGCCCACAUAUCCAUUGCGGCCGCCCAGCUUUCGAUUCACCACCCCGAAUGGCCGAUUUGAAGCUAAUCGCGAGAUUUGCCUCAGUAUCAGCGGUCAUCACGAGGAGACAUGGCAACCGGCUUGGGGCAUCCGAACUGCCAUUGUAGCGCUUCGUAGCUUUAUGGAAACGGACGCUCGCGGCCAACUUGGUGGAUUGGAUACAACUGAAGAGGUUCGCCGCCGCCUUGCUCGUGAAUCCCGUACUUUCAGGUGCUCCACGUGUGCCCGGUCAAACGCAGAUAUUAUAUCGGAAACUGAGAGACAGUUCAAUGAAUCGAGUUUUCCGACUAAAAAUGAUGUCCAAGUGCCCACAGAAUUAAGUAUGGGCUGGAGAGAUGAAAUGGAGCCUAAGCCUCAAGAUCGUGAGCGUGGAUCGAGAGCUCUGGAUCGGUCUCAAGUCCCUGACUCCGAUCCCGCCGAACUUGCGGAAGGCUUUGUACAAAAAGUGCCUUCUACUAGGGAUAGCGAACAGCUACCGCAAAUUGCUGCGUUACCCGAAGAUGCCGGAUCGUCGCCUUCAGAUGGACCGCCAGACACCCGUAUGGCCCCAGCAAGCGGCAGCGAACCAACUUACGCUCAAGUAUUGCAACAGCGACAAAGGCGGCCAGCCACAAUUGCUUCACGAGUUGAUGGGGUACCGUUGUGGAUUGACCGAGCUAUCGUGGCUUUGGUGAUUGUCCUAGCUGCACUUCUUCUUAAAGUCCUGUUCGGCAUCUGA